UUAUUUUUCUAAGAUAUAAGUUGGAUAUUUUGGCUCUACUUCCCGCCUUCGCUAAAACCCUAGCCACUUUUUCUUCUUGAUACAUAAAGCUACCCCUUCCUCUCUGUAAUCAUCCUCCAUCUUCUCUCUGCAGGAAUCGAACCCGAAAACUCCGAAAUGGACCGUCAAGACGUGAAAUCAAACCUAGUAUUGAUCCUAGAUUUCGGGUCCCAGUACACCCAUCUCAUAACACGAAGAAUUCGGGCCCUCAAUGUCUUCUCGCUCUGCAUCAACGGCACAUCCUCCCUCAAAUCCAUAGCCGACCUGGACCCGUGUGUAAUUAUUCUCUCCGGUGGGCCACACAGCGUGCACUCGUUGGACGCGCCUUGUUUUCCAACUGGGUUCAUGGAGUAUAUCGAGUCGAAUAAUGUUCAUGUUUUGGGGAUAUGCUAUGGUCUGCAGUUGAUUGUGCAGAAAACGGGCGGUGAGGUUAGGGUUGGGGAGAAGCAAGAGUAUGGGAGGAUGGAAAUUGAGGUAGAGAAGGCUUGUGGGUUGUUUGGAAAUAGGAAGGUUGGGGAUAGGCAGAGUGUGUGGAUGAGUCACGGUGAUGAGGCCGUGAAGUUGCCGGAGGGGUUCGAGGUCGUGGCAAGGAGUAACCAAGGGUCCGUGGCUGCAGUGGAGAAUCGUGAAAAGAGGUUAUAUGGUUUGCAGUACCAUCCCGAGGUAACACAUUCCCCUGAAGGAAUGGAAACAUUGAGAUACUUCCUCUUUGAUAUUUGUGGUGUAACUGCUGGCUGGAAGAUGGAAGAUAUUCUUGAGAAAGAACUGAAAGUUAUUAAAGAGACAGUUGGACCUGACAAUCAUGUCAUCUGUGCAUUAUCUGGGGGUGUCGAUUCCACAGUGGCAGCUACUCUUGUAUACAAGGCUAUUGGAGAUAGGCUUCACUGUGCUUUCGUUGACAAUGGUUUAUUAAGGUAUAAGGAGAGAGAACGAGUGAUGGAAACUUUUGAUAGAGACCUUCAUUUACCUGUUACAUGUAUUGAUGCCACGGAUCAAUUUCUAAGCAAGCUGAAAGGUGUAACAGAACCUGAGAAGAAAAGGAAAGUAAUCGGAAAUGAAUUUAUAUGCAUCUUUGAUGCUUUUGCUCGAGAUUUGGAGAAAAAGUUAGGAAAGAAACCUGCAUAUUUGGUCCAAGGAACCUUGUAUCCUGAUGUUAUUGAAUCUUGCCCACCACCUGGAAGUGGGAGGACUCACUCCCACACCAUCAAGAGUCAUCAUAAUGUUGGAGGGCUUCCCAAGGACAUGAAACUGAAACUCAUUGAGCCGCUUAAACUUUUAUUUAAGGACGAGGUUCGUGAACUUGGAAGAAUUAUGGGGGUUCCAGUUUCCUUUCUAAAGCGCCACCCCUUCCCUGGGCCUGGCCUUGCAGUACGGGUGCCUGGUGAUGUCACUGAAGGGAACCGCUUGGACAUUCUACGUAAGGCGGAUGAGAUCUUCAUUCAGGCAAUCAAAGAUGCCGGGAUAUAUGAUUCAAUAUGGCAAGCUUUUGCUGUAUUCAUGCCAGUAUUAACUGUUGGAGUUCAAGGAGAUCAAAGAACACAUUCUUAUGCCAUCGCACUUAGGGCCGUUACUAGUCACGAUGGAAUGACUGCAGACUGGUACUAUUUUGAUUACAAGUUUUUGGCUGAUCUAUCAACAAGGAUUUGCAAUGAAGUUCAAGGUGUAAAUCGGGUUCUUCUUGACAUUACGUCAAAGCCUCCAGCAACUAUUGAAUGGGAAUAACUCCACACAGAUUGGAUUUGUCUCAAGAAAUUUUUUACUUGCCCUCCGCUGUAGAUCUUGAUGGGUUUUGAGAAGAACAUCAACUCGCGGAAAAUCAAAGUCUCGUAAGGCCGCGAUUCUUCACAAAAUUGUGCAUUCGACUUAUUUAUAAAAUUUUGACAGUAAAAUAUUUUCUUUUACCCUCUUGGGUGUUUGGUCUUCACUUAAGAAGCAUCUAUAGGAGCUUUUAAACACUAUACAUGUUUAUUUUUACCCCCUCGUGGAGCUUGUUCACCCAUUAUU